AUGAGAGUGCAGUUAUUUGAAUUGGAAGGUACUGUUCUAAAGGGGAGCAGAUUGGACCAAAGAGAAGUAUGGGAUUUGAAGGGAUGGGCAGAAUUUGGAGUAGGAGGACAGAAACGUUCGAAUGAGCAUCGGAGUUCAAAUGAAAAAAGGAAAGUGCAAUGUGACGAGAGCUCUGAAGAAAACCAACUUGGCUUCCUUAAACGAAAACUUCAAACUAAUUACCAAAACCGUAGUCAGCAAAUUAAUAAUUUCUUAUUUCAACUCUUAAAUUUUUAUGAGCAAAAGAACAACAACAACAAUUCAUUCUUCAUACACAAUCAACUGAAAGAAAAGAAACUUUCAGAAGCAAAUGUCGUCCUAUCUUCUUGCAUUGACUUUUUGAGUGGCUCAGCUUUAAACUAA